AUGACAAAACUAAGUACGGCCAUACAUUCAAAAUUAUCAAGUACUAUGAUAGAACAAUUAAAACGUCAACAAAUUUGUACUGUUAUACAAUUUAUAGAUGAAGAUUCUGAAAAUUUAGUAAAAUUUACAGGAUUAUUGUUAAAGGAUAUAUUUGAAAUUAAGCAAAAUAUUUUUAAAAAAUUUGGAGGUGUAGUAAAAAAUGCAUUUGAAUUGUUGGAGAUAGAACAAAAUAAUAUAGUUCCCACUAAUUUAACAAGUUUAGAUAAUUUGUUAAAAGGUGGUUUAUAUUACGGUCAAAUAUAUGAAAUAUGUGGUAUAUCUUCAAGUGGUAAAACACAAUUAUGCUUUGCAAUUGCAACUAAUACUGCUCUGGCACCUAAUAAUAUUGUGCGGUACAUUGAUACAAAAAGAGAUUUUUGUGGUUCAAGAAUAGAACAAAUUCUACUAAAAAAGAAUUGCAGUAAGCAGGUUAUUGAUGAAGUUAUGGACCGUAUUAAAGUAUGCUAUGUAUAUAGUAUACAUCAAUUGUUUAAAGUUUUAUAUUGGUUAAUGGAUAGUUUAAAAAAAGAAGACGAAGGAUGUCGUACCAGAAUUAUAAUUAUUGAUUCUUUACCAGGAAUAAUUUUCAGAUCUUCUAAGGAUAAAAAGACAACCAUUACAUUGAAUCAUUUAGCAAAUGUAUGUCAUUAUAUUGCAAAAGAAUAUUAUUUAUCAAUUGUUACUGUUAAUUUAAUUACUGAUUGGAGUUCGGUAAUUCAAAAAGGACCUAGUACAAGCUCAAAAGAAAAUUAUGAUGUAACGCCUACUUUAGGAAAGUAUUGGUUGCAUAUUCCUAAUACAAGGCUGCUAUUAGAAAAAAUAGGAGUUGGAAACAGAAAACUUUCAAUUUGGAAUAGCUUCCAAUUGGAAGCAAAUCUUGCAUGUACUUUAAUUAUAAAUGAUUCUGGUAUUUUGUUUCCAUAA